UUUCCCAUAUGAAUUAUAGUUGAGAUUAUUGAUAUAAAAAUCAUUUAACAAUCCAAUGGGGAAUUUGAGCUAGACACCCCAUAUGUUUGGAGAUUACUUUGUUCCAUAUUAUUCAUAUGCUAUGAUGGUGUCUACUUCAUAUCCAAUUCCAAUUUUACCAACUCACUUAGCAAACUCCAAAAAACAACCAAAAAAAAAAAAAAGAAAGCGCAUUCAAUAUAUAUGAAUAAAAGUUCGUUAUAUGUAAUCUCUCUCACCCGCUUCAGCUUUUUUAUGAUAAACUUCUAUCGGACACUACAAUUAAUUAUAAUUAAUUGUUUUAGAGCUUAUUGGACAGUGCACACCAUUCGCAGUAGCGAGCGCCUUGUUAUGCAGACGUAACCCGCUUUUUGGCGGCAACUCUUUUCAGUUGGAAGUACAAGUUGUGCAACUGUUAAGCUCCUCCUCUCACCCUCCUUUUUAGAGUAACCGCUUCUCUCUCUCUCUCUCUCUCUCUCUCUUUCGUAGUUCCUGAAACCCUAGCUAACCUGAGCUGUCUUCGUCUCUGCCAUUUUUCCCGUCCGGUGAGCGAACAAUGGUAGCUUCUUGGGACCUUGAUCGGCGGUUAUUGAAGCAAGUUCACGACAAUGUUCAUGGAGACAUCUUUCUCGAUAAUAUCUGUUUGAAGUUCAUUGACACUCAACAGUUUCAAAGGCUUCGUGAUCUAAAGCAACUUGGCGUAGCACACAUGGUUUACCCUGGGGCUGUACAUACUAGAUUUGAGCAUUCACUUGGGGUCUAUUGGCUGGCUGGUGAAACUAUUAAUAAAAUUGCAAAAUAUCAAGGGUCAGAGCUUGAUAUCGAUCGUAACGAUAUGAAGACGGUCAAACUUGCUGGAUUACUGCAUGAUGUCGGGCAUGGGCCUUUCGGUCGUUUAUAUGAGUGUGAAGUUCUUCCCAAGCUUGGCAAGAGUUGGUCUCAUGAGGAAAUGUCUACAACGAUGAUAGACUAUAUUGUUGAUCAGCACAAUAUUGAUGUUGAGCCUGCAAUUCUCGCUGGAGUGAAGGAAAUCAUAGCUGCUAGUUCUGAACAUGGCCCAGGAAAAAGUGUCAGGGAAAAGAGUUUCUUAUAUGAAAUUGUUGCAAAUGGCCGUACUGGAAUUGAUGUUGACAAGUUUGAUUACAUUGUUCGUGACACUCGGGCUUGUGGUCUAGCCUGCGGUUUUCAGCUUGAGAGGUUAAUGGAUACUAUGCGAGUUAUGGACAAUGAGAUAUGUUAUCACGCCAAUGAUUAUCUGACAAUCAACAAGCUAUUUGCAACUCGUGAUGAAUUACAUCGAACAGUCUAUACACAUGCCAAAGUCAAGGCUAUAGAGCUCAUGAUCGUAGAUGCUCUAGUUGAAGCAAAUUAUUCUGUUAACCUUGUCUCUAAGAUUCAUGAUCCAGCUUGGUUUUGGCAGUUAGAUGACUUAGUUUUGAAAACUAUUGAAAUGUCUUCUCCAAAAGACCUCCAGGAGUCUAGAGAUUUGAUCAAACGUAUCCGUAAAAGAGAUCUAUACCAGUUCUGUAAUGAAUUUUAUGUUCCAAAGGAGAGUCUAGACCACUUCAAGGACAUAACUUCUGAGGAUAUCGUUUGUUCCCAGAAAUCUGGUGGUCUUAAACUAAGAGAAGAAGAUGUUGCUGUUAGCAAUAUUAAAAUUGAUUUGACAUGUGGAGGAAAAAACCCUUUCAGAAGGAUCAAUUUUUUCCAGGAUUACGAGAGCAAUGAAAAGUUCCAAAUCAAAGAUUAUGGCGAAAAAUGCUUGCCGCCUUCACAUUAUCAAGACAUGAUAGUGAGGGUGUACUCAAAGAAGUCUCAUCUGGUUGAGGCAGUUUCUGAGGCAUUUGAAAAUUUUCAGCGGAAGAUAUUUGGGGAAACAAAACAGGUGUAUGCAAACCCAGGGAAGAAACGUUGGAGGUAAAUGCAAACAUGUGUCCGAGCAUCUUGCUUUUGGAAGAUAACAGAUACGGUUAGUACGGACCAAAAAUACGAAAAACGCCAUGAGCAAAUUGAAAUUGUGUAGAUUCCACUAAUCUGAAUCACUGAGAAUGUGAGCAAACUUGUAGAUCACUGCAUCUAAUACUUAAAAUUAGAAACUGUGGAAAUUUACAUUCAGAUCU